AUGCGCAUCAAAGCAGAUAUCCACAUUCUGAUUGAGACAGCACCAAGUUACGACGAAUACCAAAUUCAGCUGAAGUUUACUGUAUACUAUACCUUGAGGUAUAAGAUCAGCCCAGACACAGCCCGUGCUUGUGUGAUGAUUUUUGGCCAGGAUGAUCAUUUGAGAUUUGAUUUCUCAAUGUUCAACACGCACGAACAGCUGGCACAG